AUGGCAUACAACUUCUCCCUGACGACCUUCUCCCCAAGUGGGAAACUUGUGCAGAUUGAAUAUGCCCUCAACGCUGUUAACCAAGGCGUCACCGCCGUAGGAAUCAAGGCCACAAACGGAAUCGUUCUUGCGACCGAGAAGAAGUCCUCGUCCCCGCUUGCCGACCCUGGCUCCCUCUCCAAGAUCAGCCUUGUGACCCCCAAUAUCGGAAUGGUCUACGCCGGUAUGGGUCCCGACUACAGGGUCUUGGUCGACAAGGCCCGCAAGGUAUCGCACGCCUCCUACAAGCGCAUCUACAACGAAUACCCUCCCACCCGGAUAUUAGUGCAGGAUGUUGCCAGAGUCAUGCAGGAGGCCACUCAGUCUGGUGGUGUGCGUCCUUACGGUGUCAGUCUUCUCAUUGCGGGUUGGGAUGAGGGUGUCCUCCCCGAGGACGAGAUUGAAGAGAGGAGCGGCGAGGGCGACAAGAAGCUGUCUGGAAAGACCGGUGGUAUCCUCAAGGGCGGGCCUAUGCUCUACCAGGUUGAUCCUUCGGGUUCUUACUUCCCCUGGAAAGCGACUGCCAUUGGCAAAGCAGCGCCUCAGGCCAAGACCUUCCUUGAAAAGAGGUAUUCUGAGGAUCUCGAGUUGGAGGAUGCCAUCCACAUCGCUCUGCUUACCUUGAAAGAGCAUAUUGAGGGCGAGAUGAGCGGAGAGACGAUCGAGAUUGGCAUUGUUGGACCCCCGGCAGACCAUCUUCUAGGUAUCGAAGGCGUUGAGGGGGCAAAGGGACCUCGCUUUAGGAAGCUGAGUCCUCAGGAGAUUGACGAUUACCUCACCAAUCUAUAG